CAUUUCUGAUACUCUUUGAUUCGGUGCCGUUGUUAAAAGAGAAGCUAACGUUACAACAUCAACAGUACACGCAAGGGGACUGAAGCUUAUAUAAUUUCGGCUUUGCUGACUAGGCCUAUUUCGUUUUAGUAUCAAGUUCAUAUUUUUGCUGUUGACAUCAGAAUAGAUUUGGAUUUUAAUGAAUUUGAUGCAUACUUGAUGAAUUCGAGGCCACUACAGUAAACAAAGACAAUUCAAUUUCCAACCGUACGGUACCACUCGCAAAAGAGACCCAAGUCAGACCAUACGCUGUCGUCGUAGAUGCAACGCUAGUCAGGCCUAGCCUAGCUUAUCAUAAUAAUCAUGUCUGACCCGCUAGGCCAUAUUCUUGACUUGUAUUUUGCUGAUGUGCUGAUAGAAUCAGGUUACGAUGACCAUGAUGGUCCAUUUGGUCAUCACGUCUCAGCCAAAAACCGAAACCACAUAAAGCAAAACUAUUCUACCAAUGGCCUGCUCAGAUCAACAUAUGCAGUGCAACAGUGUGGCUAUGAUAUGGUGGAUGGACAGAACAAUAAAGAAGAAACCAUGGAUUCUGACCAGAUGAGAAAAUUGGAAGAAAUAGCUCUGACGCUGGCCAAGAUCGGAGACAAUGUCAACGAACGCUAUAACUUUCCUGAGUGGAACCCAAACUUUAGCUUUGACAGACAGAUUGACGGGUUAUUGGCAGAACGAGUUGACCAAUCAGAUGUUCAGCAGGUCGCUCUUGUGUUGCGUUUUGCUAAGGAUGUACUAAAGACUGCUGUAAAUAAGCAAGGAAUCCUUAAUGAAACUAAAACUUACAUUUCAAGGCAUUUUUCAGGAUGGAUUAGCGGAUUGUAAACAUAAGAUGUUUCUUGAGUGGCGGAUGAAAAGUGCCCUCUGUUUUCUGAAUAUUUCUUUUAAAAUGUAUUGGCCAAGUCAAAUGGACAUUUGACCAACAGACAAUUUGCUACCACAUCCAAUUUUAUAACUUGUGGUGUUCCUCUAAAUGAGCAACUCAAGGUUUUGUUUUAAAUUUGUAGGUUUUUACUUGAUUGUUUGUGUAUAGCAAUACAAAUGAUUUUAAUUUAUAUCUAUUGACAUUCCAACAUUUCAAUAAUGUCUAAUAAUUACUGCAAUCUGAUUUUAGACUUCUCCUUAUUAUGUGAAUGUGUACUUAAUACCAAGUAAGGUCCAAGGUCCAGAGGUAUGACUCUCACAUUGUCAGCGAAAAGUUGCAGGUUGGAAUCCUGCUGAACUUUUUCAUUGGUGGGUUAUGCCUGAUACGUUUAUGAUAUCAUUUAUUCCUAAAAUUGAGCAUUGUUUCUAUUACUUUUUCUAUUUAUAUAUUUGAACAUUAAAGACGAGCAAUCCGCAAGUGUGAAAAAAAUUGCUGGCCCAACCUGGAUAACAGCAAUAGUAAUAACAAGAUAAUCGGAGAUUGCAGACCCUCUCGUCCUGAAAAAACAAUGGCAUUUAAUUGCACGUCUGCCACACCACUUCAUCAUAGGCCUCGCGUGGCAAGCCCAUUCACUCGAGUCUGCUCUGCCUAGCCUAGCUUUGUCAGCCGUUGCAGCUGGAAAGUACAUAACAUUCUAAGGAAAGGGUGAUAAUAAUUAGGACCCCCAAUCUCUCACUUUCAAGGUGAUUGUCAUACCACUUGACCACUGGGGCACUGGAGAAGAAGAUUAUUUUUUUAUUUUGUAUAAAGCCAUAAUUUGAGUUUGAGGCUGUAUUUCUAACAAUUAUAAGCAAGCCAAUGUCUAAUGCACUGGAGAAAAUGUAUAUAAACAUUAACAACUCAUUGAGAUGUAGGUAGUUUAUUUGUGAAGUGGAUGUUUGAGACUGAUUCAUGUUUAAGAGUGAAAAGUAAUAAAAUCUUGCACACAUUGUUUGCUAAUGUAUAUAAUUAUACUAAACCACAGCUACAGAAUACUGUACUUGUAAAAUGUAGUUUAAAAAAUUGAAUGUAAAUUCUGUAAGGCUAGGGUGCAGGUCAUUGAAACUAGUGCUACAGCUCUAUAGUUCAAGCAAGCAGAAAUUAUCGACCAAGUUAGUAAACAUAAUUUUGUAUACAGUCGUGACGGAGUCAAGAUCCGUGCUUAUAAAGUUAGACCUUCUUUAACCAAAUACAUUGCAACUAUGGAGACAGUGCAAAUUGCAAGAAAGACUUGCAGUCGUAUUGAAUUGUGUACGUUGUCAAAUCAUUGGCUCUGUGAUAUGGUGCUAUAAAUUGUGAUUUUUUUUUUUCUCCUCUGAAUGGUUGAGUCUUAAGCAUGGUUUUAACACAUAAUUAAUGGCAAUUAUGAUAAAUAUUGACAAGGUUUCACACAGGCUUUGCUUCUUGGUUUGUACAUCUGCUACAACCAAUCACAAUAAAGUAGUUUCGACAGAGUAUAACAAGUCGCAUAUCCAUGGGUAGCCAUGGUGGAAUACACCCACCCCAAACAAUUGAUAGGUAUUUUGUAAGAGCUUUUUUCAUAAUUUAAAACAGAAUUGCCACAUAUACAGUACCGGUAUGUUGUAAUUCUUCUCUGCUGUGAAAAAAUUAUUUUUAUAUUUUAAUGGCACAUAAUUUCGGUGUUACUGAUGCAGGCCCAUCCUGUAAACCUAUGUAGCUAUUCUGUACGUAUCAAUUAAAUGUUUUUCAUCAUAUGUGUUAA